AUGCAAUGCUAUGAGGAAACUAAAGAAAGAAUUCGGAAACUAUUCGAUAAGGCUCAGCUUUCUGUUUCUUCCUAUGACACUGCUUGGGUGGCAUUGGUCCCUUCUCCAAAUUUCUCUGGCACACCUUGUUUCCCGGAAUGUAUCGUGUUACUGAACAAUCAACUCGGUGAUGGUUCAUGGGGCCUUCCUAAUCACACCUUACUGAUUAAAGAUGCUCUGUCAUCUACACUAGCAUCUGUCCUAGCACUUGAGCGAUGGUGUGCUGGUGAAGAGCAAAUCAACAAAGGUCUACACUUUAUUGAGUUGAAUGCCACUUCAAUUGCUGAUGAGAAUCAACACUCUCCAAUUGGAUUUGACAUAAUAUUCCCUGGAAUGCUAGAGUAUGCUAAAGAUUUAGGUCUGAACCUCCCCUUUGAAUCAAAAGAUUUAAAUGUUAUGCUUGAGAGGAGAGAUUUAGAUCUUAAAAGGUAUUAUAUUAUCUUAUUAAGGAAGGACAGCGCCUACUUAGCAUAUAUUUCAGAAGGCGUUGGAAAGUUGCAGGACUGGGACAUGGCCAUGAAAUAUCAGAGGAAGAAUGGCUCCCUAUUUAAUUCUCCAUCAACCACAGCAACUGCUUUCUUGCACCUUCAUAAUGCUAAUUGCCUCAAUUACCUGCAUAUGCUCCUAGAGAAGUUUGAGAAUGCUGUUCCAACAGUUUACCCCCUGGAUAUAUAUGCUUGCCUUUGCAUGAUUGACAACCUUGAGAGAUUGGGAAUUGACCGGAAUUUUAGGCAGGAAAUUAGAAGUGUGUUGGAUGAAACGUACAGAAGUUGGUUGCAGGAACAGAUAUUCCUGGACACUUUGCGCUAUGGCAUUUCGGAUAUUGGGGCUGUGCUUGAGUUAUAUAGGACUUCACAGAUCAUGAUCCAUCCAGAUGAAUCAACCCUGGAGAAGGAACUCUCGGGGUCUACUCAUUUCCUGAAAGAGAAAUCAUACAACCAUAGAAUUAAUUCAGAUAUAGUCAAUGAAUAUGUUAUCCGAGAGGUGGAUGAUGCCCUUCACUAUCCCUUCCAUGCAAAUUUAGAGCGUGUGGCAAACAGAAGAAACAUAAAGCAUUAUAAUAUAGAUGGUUCAAGCAUUCUUAAGACUUUGUAUUGCUCAACGAAUAUUAGAAAUGAAGAUUUCCUAAAAUUGGCAGUGGAAGAUUUUAAUAUUUGCCAAUCAAUUCAUCGUGAAGAACUCGAAGUUCUGAAGAGGUGGGUUGUAGAUAACAGAUUAGAUAAGUUAAAGUUUGCCAAGCAGAAGUCAGCAUAUUGUUACUUCUCAGCUGCAGCAGCUUUCUCUCCUGAACUAUCUGAUGCUAGCAUGUCAUGGGCCAAAAAUGGUGUGCUCACAAGAGUGGUUGAUGAAUUCUUUGAUAUUAGUGGUUCUAUAGAGGAAUUAGAGAAUCUAAUUAAAUUGGUUGAAAAGUGGGCAAUUGCUAUCUAA